AUGGGCUACUUUAAUUCAGAGCAUACAAAAAUUGUGAAGGAUUGGAAAGAGGUGUUUGACUUUGCACCCCAGGAUGAGCUCGAGUUGCCCAUAUCUGUUGAUCCAAAUGACCCCUAUACCAAGCUCGUCAAAAACCGCUGGCCUGAUAGCCUUGUUGAAUUCAAGUACAUAAUUAUGAUUGCUUCUACUUUCUUCUUUCUUUUUUGCUUUGGUAUUUAUAUUGUGUUAAAAAAUGUCCAGAGAAGCUUGCUUGGCAUAGCACUGGGUAUAGAAAGACACAAGGAUGUUGGAGCCCUCACUCUUUUUUACCAAGAUGAGGUUGGCGGAUUGGAGGUGAAGUGCAAGGAAAACGAGCAGUGGGUUCCAGCUCCACCCAUGCCCAACUCUUUCAUCCUCAAUGUUGCCAACUGUGUGCAGGUAAUGGCGAAUGAUAAGUACGAGAGUGUGGAACAUAGAGCUAUGGUGAAAGACACCCGAAGACGCCUCUCCAUUCCACUUUUCUUAAUUCCUUCCCACUAUGCAAUGAUAAAACCUCUGGAUGAAUUUGUGAGUAAAGAGAAUCCUCCCAAAUUCAAGGAAUUCAAUUGGGGGAAGUUUACCAGGCAAAGGAUGCGUGAAGGUCUUAAAAACAUGGGAGUUGCGGAUAUACAAAUCGACAAUUUCAGAAUUUGA